CGCUGCCGCCGCCGAGCGGGUGUCAGGCAGCCCUGGGUGCCGGGCCAUGGUCGGCGUGGAGAGCGCGGGGGGUCGGUGCCUCCUGCCGAACCCCGCGGAGCCCCCCAGGCAGUUCUCCUUCCACGGGCCCUUCGGUGGGGAGCACAGCACCGAGCACGUCUGCAGCGAGAUCGCCUGCCUGGGGAGGCUGUCAUGGAAGGCUGCAGUGGCCUAUGGCCAGACUGGCAGCGGGAGGUCACUCACCAUGCGGGCAGUUGCAGAUCCCUCCUCGCAGGAAGGGAUCAAUCCAAGGCAUUUGAACAUCUUUGAGAGGAUGCAGCUCCGUGCUGCCGAGACUGAGAUCAAAGACCUGCAGUUGGGAGUUUGGGCUGGAGAAGAUGGAUUACCUGAGCACCACCGGCGCCAGGAGCGAGACCUGAUGCUCUGCCAGCAGCCGCUGGGUCAGGUGCAGCCCCUCAUCCGGCGCGACUGCAGCUACAUUAACCUGGAGGGGAUCAGGCGUGAAUCCGUCCGGGACGAGGAGAAGCGGUUGCUGGAAAAUUCCAGAGCCUGUCAUUCGAAAAGCCCAGCUGCCCGCAGCUGGCUCGUGGUGCGGAUCCCUCGGGAGCCUCUGAGCAGGGUCGGGAUCAGUCUCGGAGCGGUGAUUGUUGCACACACAACCACCCUUACCGCCGCCCCCCACAGCGGUUCCAGCCCCGCCGCAGCCCCAGCCCCAGCCCGGCUGGACAAGCGCCCCGAGCGAGAGCGGGGAGCCAGCGCCCGAGGAAGACACCGCUGCAGGCUGGCGCUGGAUGGGAGCGACAGCGAGACCAUCGCCCGCAAGUACUGCCGAUCCCGGCGAGCCGGACAGAUCCUUCCCCGAACCAAGCUCCCGCAGGCUCCGAGGGGGCCGCGGGCAGUGCCUGCACCAUCCCCCAGCCCUGGCCCUUCCGCCUGCAGUCCAUGGCCUCGGCUCCCCGCGCCGACACCAAGCGCGGGAAGGACAACGGCAGCUGCGGCACCCGCC